GAGUCCCAUAUCGGCGUGUUCCGUUCCGUUAGGUUAGUCGGAAAGCGGAGUCAUAGUAAACCUCGGCCUCCUAGUGAGUGACACACCAACGCAUACCGGUACCGGCACUGUAACUAACGGGUCGAUGUGUUAUUUUAACAGUGCAACAAGUGAGGGGCGGCGACUGUAGACCAAAUACCCCGUGCAUGAUUUUCGCAAGAGGAAUACCGAAAUUAUUUAACAAUGGAGCUGGAGGGCAACCAGUUAGUACUGAGAGAUUUUGAGCCAAGUUCUUUAGAUGAAUACAGGAAACAGGCCAAGUUUGACUGGAAAAAAUUAAAAUUUUUUUUCGAGGAUCCAGACCUACUAAAAUUAAAAAUGACGGUUUGGAAAUGUCUCGAAAAUGACCCUCUAUUUCAAAGACAAGAAACUGAGUUGACAACAGAAGAAAAUAAGAGGAUAACAGCCUUACGAUUAAGGCGAUAUGUCGACUACAAAUUUCCCAUAUGUGAUAUUCUGAAAUUGCCGUUUAAAAAAAGAACCAGAAUGAUGAUGGCUUGUAAUGAAGCACUGGCAGUUACUUUUCCCGAUGUUUCAAUUAAGUAUGCUAUAGGAGUCGGUUUAUUUAGCAAUACAAUAAUAACUUUGGGAACUGAACGGCAUCGGCAAUACGCUUACGCAGGUAAUAAUUCACUGUCUUGUUUAGCUUUAACUGAAAUCGCACACGGAAGUAACACAAAACAAAUGAGGACCACAGCCACGUAUGAUCCACAAAGCCAAAGUUUCAUUAUAAAUACUCCAGAUUUUGAAGCAGCGAAAUGUUGGGUAGGAAAUUUAGGUAAACAAUGUACCAUCGCUUUAUUAUUUGCACAACUCUAUACCAAAGGACAAUGCCAUGGCUUACAUGCUUUUGUCGUACCCAUAAGAGAUCCAAAGACUUUAAUAGCCUACCCAGGAAUUAUUGUGGGAGACAUGGGGGAGAAAAUAGGUUUACAUGGAAUAGAUAAUGGGUUUAUAAUGUUUGAGAACUAUAGAAUACCAAGGGAAAACCUUUUAAAUAGAACUGCUGAUGUAACUCCAGAUGGAGAAUACGAAAGUAGUUUUACUGACCCUGGUAGGAUAUUAGGAGCAGCCUUAGAGAACUUGUCCAUGGGAAGGGUGGGAAUUAUGCAGGAGAGUUCAAAUAAUCUCAUAUGUGCAGUAACUAUCGCAGUAAGAUACGCAGCAGUACGGAAACAAUUUGCCCCAAAUGGAGAAGGAAAUAACAAUAACAAUGAAUUGCCAAUAAUUGAAUAUCAGUUACAUCAAUGGAGAUUAUUUCCUUACAUGGCUGCUGCAGUCGUCUUACGAGCAUUCGUUAACGGUUUCACAGAAACAUAUCUAACUGUCGUUGAUAAAUCAGCAUCAACAUCAACAGAGAUAGAAGAUUUGAGCGAUAUGGUAUCAGAGAUUCAUGCUUUAGUGUCUAGUGCUAAGCCCCUUAUGACGUGGACUUGUAGGGAUGCCACACAGGAAUGCAGGGAAGCCUGUGGUGGUCACGGAUUUCUCAAAUCGGCCAGAUUGGGGGAACUCAGAAACAUAAUCGACCCUUGUGUAACUUAUGAAGGUGAUAACAAUGUUCUAGUCCAACAAACAAGUAACUGGAUAUUAAGACAAUGGCAAGCAAUCAAUGCAGGCGGUAAACUUUCUUCACCACUGGGUAGUUGCACCUUUUUGAUAGAUUACGCUCUUAUUGGAGUUAAGAAAUAUGAUGUUAGGAGUAGAAAGGAGGUUCAGAGUCAACAAUUUAUAAUGGACUGUUAUCAGUGGCUAAUACUCUACCUGGUCCAAGAAACAGAUAAACGGCAAAAUGAAGUAGUCAGUGCUGGAGCAGAUAAAUUCACUGCCAGGAAUGAGUCUCAAGUCUAUCGUGCAGCAUUACUGUCUCGUGCUUAUAGUGAAUACACAGCACUUCGAUACUAUUGGUCUCAAGUAUCUGCCGCGGAUCCUAGUUUGCAAGCGAUGUUGAACAAUGUCGGCUACCUCUAUGGACUCUCGUGCUUAGACAAACAUUUAGUAUAUUUCUAUCAGGGAGGUUUUGCUUCAGGUCCGGAACUGUCGCAGAAUGUAAAAGAUGGUAUUUUAGCAUUAUGCAAGAAUUUGAAGUCUGACAGUUUAGCAGUAAUUGAUGGCUUAGCCCCACCGGAUUAUGUUAUUAAUUCAGUACUAGGAAGGUCUGAUGGAAAGCUUUACGAAAACAUUCAGAAAACUUUGAUGCACAAUUCCAGUGCCAUGUCACGUCCAAAUUGGUGGUAUGAAAUAGUAGACAAGUCCAAUUUUACUAAAUUCCAAAGCAAACUCUGAAGAAGUUCCGCCUUAACUCCAAAAAGAAGAAAAAAAGAAAAGUAACGGGUUGAAAUAUUAUGAAGUUUACAGAUUUUAUUGUCAGCACUUAAUUGUUAGAAAUAAUCUAAAUGUUAUUUUUGUAAUUUAUAUUUUUUAAAAAUAAAUGUAUAUGUUUACAUUUUUAAAAGUAAAAUUU